AUGAACAUCGCCAGACUCACCACCCUCGGAGCCCUGGUCAGCCUCGCGGCCGCCUGGCUACCAGAGACCAACAAGCAAAUCACCGCCAGCAAUGGCACAAACCUCUUUUCUAAAUCCAACGGCAAAAUCCGCGGCGUGAACAUGGGCUCCCAAUUUAUCUUUGAGCCCUGGAUCGGCGAAUCUGCCUGGUCCGACAUGGGCUGCGGCGACCAGAAGUCCGAGUUCGACUGCGUGUCGAGUCUCGGCCAGGAAAAAGCCAACAGUGCAUUCACUGAGCACUGGGACACCUGGAUCACCGAGGAAGACAUCAGCGAGAUCCAAAGCUAUGGUCUGAACACCAUUCGUAUUCCGGUUGGGUACUGGAUGAAAGAAGAUCUCGUGUACCGCGACAGCGAGCAUUUUCCGCAGGGCGGGUUCGAGUACCUCGAGAGGCUUUGUGGAUGGGCCAGUGAUGCUGGUUUGUAUAUUAUUAUGGACCUGCAUGGGCUUCCCGGUGCGCAGACUGCUGAGAACCCGUUUACGGGCCAGUAUGCUUCGGAACCCGGGUUCUACGAGGAUUACCAGUAUGAGCGCGCGCUGAAGUUUCUUGAGUGGAUGACGACCAACAUCCACCAGAACGACAAAUUCCGUAACGUGGGUAUGCUGGAGAUUGUCAACGAGCCGGUGCAGGAAGAAGACAAGGCUGCUUCCUUGCGCGCGGGUUACUAUCCGAAUGCAUUCCGAGUUCGUCUCCUCCCCUUGCCUUGUGGCCAGGAGCAGCAAGCUAACCCUUCCCAGCGAAUCCGCGCCGCUGAGCAGAAACUCUCGGUCAACCAAAACGACUAUCUGCACAUCCAAAUGAUGGAUGAGAACUGGGGCGCCGGCGACCCUAACCAGUACCUGGACGAUCUCUACUACGCUGCUUACGACGACCAUCGGUACUUAAAAUGGGCUAAUAUCGACGCCUCGCAUGACAGCUACAUCAGCACUUCUUGCAGUGACGAGCUGGAUAGCAACACCCCGCUUAUUGUGGGCGAAUGGAGCUUGGCUGUCGCGGAUGAUAUUGAGUCGGACUCGGACUGGGAUCCGGACUCAAACACUGAUUUCUAUAAGAAGUGGUUUGCAGCGCAGAUCACUGCAUAUGAGAAGCAGCAGGGGUGGGUGUUCUGGACUUGGAAGGCUCAGUUGGGAGAUUAUCGGUGGUCGUAUCAAGAUGCGGUUUCGGCUGGUGUGAUUCCUACUGAUCUCAACUCGGCUCUGAAUACGGGGGCGUGUGGGUAA